UUACAACUAAUUAUUUUUGAAUUGUCAUUCAGCUUUUAUUUUAUUUUUUAGAUAAUAGGAUAUAUACAGGUUAUUGCAAUUUGUUUGAUAUACAACCGAUUACAACGAUAUGUCAAAACCGGUAAUUUUUGUGAUCGGAGGGCCCGGAUCUGGCAAAGGGACCCAAUGCGACAAAAUUGUUAAAAAAUAUGGUUUCACUCAUCUAUCGACCGGUGAUCUGAUUCGUGCAGAAAUCAAAUCGGGAUCCGAUUUGGGAAAACAGGUCAAUGAAAUCGUAAAGACUGGACAACUUGUGGCAAACGAUAUCGUACUAUCACUGCUCAAGACUGCCAUCAACAAAGAAUCCGCAAAAUCCAAUGGAUUUCUUAUUGAUGGCUAUCCUCGAGAAAGAGAUCAGGCCAUCAGUUUUGAACGGGACGUCACUCCCUGUGAUAUGGUUUUGUAUUUUGAUUGCAGCGAUGAAGAGAUGACCAAACGAUUGUUGUCCAGAGGACAGACCAGUGGCCGAUCCGAUGACAAUGCGGACACAAUACGCGAUCGUUUGAAAACAUUUCACAAACACAGUCAACCGGUAGUCGACUAUUUGGGUAAAAAAGUGCGAAAAAUUAGUGCCCAGAAUAGAGAUCCCGAAGAUAUAUUCAAAGAAGUAUCGAAAGCAAUAGAUUCGUUGCCGAAAAAGUCUUAGUGUUUUUUUUUGGUGUUUAAAAAAAUGAUAUCAAAAAAAACUAAGUCAUU